AUGGCAGAUUUCGAUAUGCCAAUCACAAUUGCACAUCCAAUAAACAAACCACUUUUACUGGAUUGUCCAUUAACAAAUGCUUGGCUGCAUAAAGACAAGUCAAUUGAUCAAUAUAUCUUAAAUAAUAAUUCUCUUUAUAUUCCUCAUUCAAAACUAGCUGAAAUCAAUGGUCAAUAUCAAUGUGGAUCACAACAAUACAAUAUUCAAUUAUAUGGUAUAGAAUUUCUCUCUUUAAACCAUACUCAGAAAAAAAUGAAAAGCUUUAUUUUAGAUAAACCAUCUUCUGUCGAAGCAAAAAUUCAUUAUACAACAUCAAAUGAAAUCGGUAUAAAAUUGACUUAUCCAUUAGAUAUAAUUGAAAAUUUAAUAAUAACGUAUAAAACAAAACAAAAUCCAAUAAAUAAUGAAAUUCAUCUAUCUCCACCAUUAUUAAACGUUCGUUUAAAAAAUCUUUCUUGUGGAAAUCUAUAUGAAAUAGUGAUCUAUGCAAAAAAUCAAGUUGGAUUAAGUUUAAAUAAAUAUUUAAUUGGAAAAACUGAUGGUUCAGCUCCUUUAUUAAUUCAAUCAAAAGAUUUAAUUGAAACUAUAUCAAAUAAUUUUAUUAUUCUCAAUAUGUCAAAUUGGAUAAUAAAUCAAUGUUUAAUAUUAUCUUAUGAUAUCGAAUUAUUUCCUAUAAUAAAUUCAACAAAUAAUAAUAAUAAUAAUAAUAAUAAUAAUCUUCAUCGAUAUUAUUCAUUUAAAAAUAAUUUUAAAAAUUUUCGUAUAAAUAAUUUACAAACUAAUCAAGAUUAUCAAUUACAUAUUAAAAUUAAUAGUCAAUCAGGUGAAAUAAUAAAAAUAAUCUUAUUUCGUACAACUAAUGAUAAUCAACAAAUGAAUUUAAAAACUAAAAAUUCUUAUAUUAUUAUUAUUUUGGUGAUAUCACUUAUAUUUAUAUUUAUUUUAUUGAUAAGUAUUUUUAUUUUAAUGAAAUUUUGUCAAUUCAAUUUAAAAAAACCUAAUUUAUUUCUUGAACAAACAAGAAAAUUAAAACCAGUUAUGUAUUCAUCUUAUCCUCAUCGUUAUCAUAGUACAUGGUUAAAAAGUAAUAAUGAAUUUACAAUAGAAAAUUAUACAAAUAAUCAAAAUGAAAAUUCUAAUCGACCAUAUAGUUAUGUAUCAGAAGAUUCUCAAGGAAAUAUUAAUCCUUAUGCAGUUACUGGUUUUAUUUUAAAUGGUAAAGAUCAAAUUGAUCAUGGAUCAUUAUGGAGAGAAAAUAAUCAUGCACAUUGCCUUUUAGAUGCAAUAGAACAUCGUCCAUCAACUACCUCUUCAGAACGAUAUUUUCGUCCUAUAAUUCUUGAAUCAUCAUCACUUAAUAAUCAAGAAUCUUUAAAACGUAAUCCACUUGUACAAAUGCCUCCAACAUAUUUAUUAUCAAAUCCUGUUCAACCAUCAUCAAGUGUUCUUUCAACAAUAUCAUCUUCUCAAGGUGAACUUUUUUCUGCAUUUACAUAUGUUCCACCAUCUAAACAAAUGACAUUUAAUGUAAAAAAAUCUUCUAAUAAUAUUAAUAAUCAUAUACUUGCUGAUCAAAGUUCAUCAUCAGCUGAUUCCGGUGUUCAUUCAUCUUUUACUCAAAGUCCAAUAACGAAACAUUCAUUUCGAAAAUGUCAUUUACAUGGAUUUUCUUUUGAUCGUCCAUCAUCAGCAAAUGCUAAUAAUGAUCCAGAAAAACAUUUAUAUGCAACAUAUGAUCAACAUUUUGCUUUUCUAAGAGGAGCAACAUCCCAUCAUUCAAAUAAGGAACCGCAUAGAAAUCAUCAACAAGAACAAUAUUCUUUAGUUUAA